AUGGCACGUUCUCCGCAAUCCACUUCAGCAUCGAACUGGGCCUUUCAUGCAGAAGCCACAGACAGGGACUGUCGAAGCCCGUCCGCCUCGCCAUUUGCGGCUCCAAUCGCGGCGCCUGUUGCGGCGUCUGCUGCGGCGCCGACCUCGGCGCCGGUUGCGGCGUACAGCAGGCACGAGGCAUUCGCGUUUACCGUUGACAUGCGCGGCGAGGGGGCGGCAGGCGUGGGGCCAGCAGGAGGGGGUGCUGUGGGGAGAGGCGCGGAGGUGGAGGAAAGGGGGAGCGCACCGUGGGCGAUGGCGCGGGCAGUGGAGAGAGGGAUGAGCGCUGAUCCCGCUGAUGGGCUCGAACAGCUGGCAGGCCCCCCUGCAACCACCACAACUCUCUCCUUCCCCCUCCCCUGCAUCCCCCAACUCCCCUCACCUCCUCGCCCCCCCUCCGUCUCCCCCCCCCCCCCCCCUCUCCACCACCAGCCCCUGCAUUCCCGACUGGCACCGCUUGAGUCCCCCGAGCUGAGGGCCAUUCUGCACAAGUCCGCCUGCAUGCUGCGAUUCGAGUCCAUCCGCCGCCGCAAAGGGUCUGGCUCGGACGACUCCCUCGCCUCGCAACAGCACCUGCUGCCGCCUGGGGCGGCAGGUAGCGUUGGGAGUGGCCGGCGCAGUUUGUCCCGUGCCGACAGUGGCGGGAGUGCGGGGAGCUUUGGCAGCGGGAGUAACAGCUUGAAUGUCACGCCGGAGAGUAGCUUUCACCGGGGGGAUAUGUACAGCGGGAGUAUGUUCGAGGCCAUCUCAGAGGUGCCGCCAUCAAGCGAGGCGGCAGGGGAGGGCGAGGGGGGCGAGGGCGGGCCAGAUUCGGUGUAUCUGUCAGACUGGGUGAUCAGCCCACAGGCAUCGCUGUACCAGCAGUUCCAGGCGGCGCUGCUGCUGCUCGCCAUCCUCAUCGGCAUCGUUGAGCCCUUCAACGUCGCGUUCCUCGAUACAGAGAAUGUGUUCACGCCAGUCAAUGUGUUUAUCUAUUGCACCGACGCCCGCCCUCUCUCAGCCCACCUCGCCCCUCUUCGCCCCCCUCCUCACCCCCCCUCGACCUCCUUCCCGCCCCUUCGUCCUCCUCUUUGCCCCCCUUGCCCCUUCUCGCCCCUUGCCCCUUCUCGCCCCUUCUUGCCCAGCAGGUACCUACGGGGCAUGUUCUGGUACGACAUCCUAGCAGCGCUGCCAUGGGAUCUGGUGCUCAAGGGCGUGUAUCAACCCACCGGCACCGCUGCUGUCGCCCUCUCCGCCUUCGGUCUGCUGCGACUACUGCGCCUCAUCCGCCUGUGA